ACCCGCAGGUCUCCGGCGGAGCUGCAGGUGAGCGAUGGAGCUGAAGGUGUGGGUGGAGGGCGUGGCCAGGGUGGUGUGCGGCCUAUCGAUGAACACUUCCUGCCACGACGUCGUCAUCGCUCUGGCCAAGUCGCUCGGCCAGACGGGCCGCUACAUCCUCCUGGUGAAGCUGCCCGGCCAGGAGAGGCAGCUGGUGGCGACCGACCGGCCCCUGCAGCACCUGAGCCGGCUGGGCCCGCUGGCCUCGGAGGUCCGCUUCGUCCUGCGGAGGACCGGGCCGAGCCGCGGGGGGGGGGCCGCGCCCGGCCCGCCGGAGCCGCAUGGGGCUGUCGCCGGACCGGGUUCCCCCGCGCGCCCCAAGAGGACUAGACCGAGCCGGGCCCGGUCUCCGUCGCCCGGGGCCUCCCCGGAGCCCCGAGGGUCCCCCGACCCGGACCCUCUGAACUGCCCCAAGGAGGAGGCCUUCAGGCAGGUUCUGCAGCAGCACAGGAGGCUGCAGGAGCUGCAGGUCCAGCUCCGGUCCCUGCAGAGGGAGACCGAGGUCUGGGAGCGGCCGGCCCACGUCGCUGCCGGUCCGGCUCGGGUCUCCGAGGGGGCCCCGGAGGCCCCGGAGGCCCUGGAGCAGCGGCUCAGGCACAACGAGGAAGACCUGAUGCAGCGCCAUCGGUGGGAGGAAGAGUUCCGGGCCGAGGCGGACAGAGAACCGGGUCUGACCGGGCGGCUCCAGCAGCUGCACUCGUCCACGGAGGCCCACGGGCACCGGAUCCAGGAGCUCCACGCUCGGGCCGCGCAGCUGGAGCAGGAGCUGCAGCGGGCGGAGGAGGAGGCGCUGAGGCCUCUGGAGGAGGAGCUGCAGCAGCGGCAGCGGCAGGCGGACGACCUGCAGGAGGCGCUGUCCGGGACGCAGAGGGACCUGCAGAGGAAGGAGGAGGAGCUGCAGGGCCGCCGGGAGGAGGUGCAGGAGCUGGACAAGGAGCUGAGACAGUGUAAGCUGCAGCACUUUAUCCUGCAGAGCGGGGGUCCCCCGCCGGACCGCUCCCUCAGCAAGGCUGCGCUCGAGGAGUUCUGUACGUCAUCACAUGGUUUGGGGAAGGAGACGCUGCGUGAGAGUGCUCUGCUUUCCGGUGUUCAGUGAACGCACCAGGAGGCAGAGGAGUUCAGCUCCUCUGGUUUUUACCUUCUCAGAUCAGAAUUAAAGAAGGAAAUCAUAAAAAGAUCAGAAAGACCGAACUAACGAUGAAUGAUUAAAGAAACUCGAUGUCUGAACCUCAAACCUUCUCUGUUUCCACCGCAGGACAUCCACAGCUGGACGUGAAACGUGUGUGUGUGUGUGUGUAUGUGUGUGUGAGUGUGUGUGUGAGCCAAUCAUUGGCUGUUUCUCUGUAAAAAAAAAUGUCAAGACUCCAUUAAAUGAAAUUUUUUAUUUUUUAAAUAUUUCCGACUGUAACAUAAAGUCUG